CACAGCAGGAGGAGGAGGUGGCUGCCCUGGCGCUUUGUGCGGCCAGGGACCUCGGCGGCUGCAGAGGCACCGGGGCCGUCGGGCUCUGCCCGCACGGGGCUUCUCUUUGGCCGGCCCCUGGCGGAUCUCUGCAGCCAGGACGGCAUGCUGCCCCAGCCCAUGCAGGACCUGCUGGCUCUGCUGCACGAACAGGGGCCAUCCACGGAGGGGAUCUUCCGGCUGGCGGCCAGCGAGCGUGCCUCCCGGGAGAUCAGGGAGGCCCUGGACAGCGGGACCGAGGUCCACCUGGCAAGCCAGCCGGUGCACGUCCUGGCUGUCAUCUUGAAGGACUUCCUGCGCAAGAUCCCCUCCAAGCUCCUGGUGGCGGAGCUCUACCAGCAGUGGAUGGCCGCCCUGCAGAAGAGCAGCAGGGAGGAGAGGCUGGUGGGGCUGAAAGAGGUGGCCCGAAAGUUACCCGAGGCCAACCUCCUCCUCCUCAACACCUUGCUGCGGCUGCUGCAGAACAUCAGCAGCAACGCCACCGUCAGCAAGAUGACAGCCAGCAACCUGGCCAUCUGCGUGGGGCCCAACCUCCUCGGCCCACCAGAGGAGGACACGCUCCCUCUGGACACGCUGGUGCAGGCGACAGCCAAGGUGACCCAGCUGGUAGAGUUCCUCAUCAACCACCGGGAGGAACUCUUUGAGGCCGAGGAGGAGCGGGAGGAGGAGGAAGAGGGGGCUGGGCUCGCCGCUGAAGGGGCCGAGGAGUCGCCGGCAGCAGGAGCAGAGGCGGAAAGCGCCGAGGUGCCUGCAGCCGCUGCAGAAAGCGAAGGCCAGCACAGCUCCUCUGGGCAGAGCAGCUUGCCAGGCUCUUCGCGGGAGGGGGGAAAUCCUUCCCCCCGGAAGAGAAAGCUCCCGCGCGAAGAGGAGAGCGAUGCGCAGCCCAGCAAGCGCAGGAGGAGCCUGGAGCCAGGGAGCUCAGGAGCGGGCGACUGAGCCAAGCCAGGUGGGGCGAGAGGAACAAGGAGCCCUGGUGUGUGAAAGAGCCUGCUCUCCCUCUUUCCAAUUGUCAUGCUGCUCUGAGUCUAGGAAAUAUUUCUGUGGUGCCCAGAGACGGCCCCAGAGAGGAGGCAUUCACCUUCCCUUGGGAGAAGGGGCAUGUCUGGAGGCAAAGAGCACUCCAGCGCUGGCGGUUUUCAUUUGGCACUUAGAACCCUAGAAUCAAAGAAGAGUUUGGGUUGGAAGGGACC